UUGCCACUACGCCAUCUUUCUUUCGUUUGUGUUCCGCUUCCGUUGACAGAUCUUUUUCAGGUUUGAUCUGCAAAAAUGAAGGCGAAAGGAGAGUUGAAGGAAUACGAAGUGAUAGGCCGUAAGCAGCCAUCAGACAGCGAGCCCAAGCCGCCGCUGUACAAAAUGAGAAUUUUCUCUCCGGACCCAAUUGUUGCUAAAUCCCGGUUUUGGUAUUUCUUGCGACAACUGAAGAAGUUCAAGAAAACCACUGGAGAAAUUGUCUCUAUUAAGGAAAUUCCAGAAAAGAGUCCGAUUAAGAUCAAGAACUUUGGUAUCUGGCUGCGCUAUGAGUCUCGGUCUGGUGUGCACAACAUGUACCGCGAGUACCGCGACCUGAGCGUUGGCGGCGCCGUCACACAGUGCUAUCGCGACAUGGGCGCACGGCACAGAGCACGUGCUCACUCCAUACAUAUAAUCAAAGUGGAAGUAAUCAAAGCGUCGGCGUGCCGGCGGCCGCAGGUGAAGCAGUUCCACAACAGUGGCAUCAAGUUCCCGCUGCCCAAGCGCGUCCACCACCACAAGCGCCUCAACACCUUCGCAUACAAGAGGCCCAGCACAUACUUCUUGUAGUUUUGUAACAUAUGACACCUAAUAAAAACCAUGUGAUGUGGAA